GGUUUAGAAGCCAGGCCAAAGCAAAGGCAAGAUGAUAUAAACCUUUGGUUCCAAAAAUCAUUCAACUCUUCGAUUCCUCUCGCUGAGAUCGAGAACCGACCCACCUGUUCCUCUGAUCACCGGCGGUUAUCACCGCGACUCAGAUGUUCGCUUGACGACCUCUUAUCGCCGCGAUCUUUGCCUCUUCCUGUAAUCGCCGUCUUUUGCUCAACAACGAGAUCUGUUUUUCCACGAGUAAAGGAGGAUGUCGACUCCAGCAAGGAAGAGGUUGAUGAGGGAUUUCAAGAGGUUGCAGCAAGACCCACCUGCGGGUAUCAGCGGUGCUCCACACGACAACAAUAUCAUGCUCUGGAAUGCUGUCAUAUUCGGGCCUGAUGACACCCCAUGGGAUGGAGGUACUUUCAAACUCUCACUGCAGUUCUCUGAGGAUUAUCCAAAUAAACCACCGACAGUUCGCUUUGUGUCACGGAUGUUCCAUCCAAAUAUUUAUGCAGAUGGGAGUAUUUGCUUGGACAUUCUACAAAACCAGUGGAGUCCAAUAUAUGAUGUUGCUGCUAUACUUACCUCCAUCCAGUCGUUGCUCUGUGACCCUAAUCCGAAUUCUCCUGCAAAUUCGGAAGCUGCUCGGAUGUACAGCGAAAACAAGCGCGAGUACAACAGAAAAGUGCGUGAUGUUGUCGAGCAAAGCUGGACUGCUGAUUAGUAUUAGUUAGUUGUAAGCUCUGCAACUCUCUCCUACUCUCAAUCACUCAAUGUCACCAUUAAAGCAACGGCUUUCUUAUCUUCUCGUUCAUGUCUUUUGUGUGUGUUCAAAACUCUACUGAUUGAAUGCUUUGAUGGGUUCUAUGAAGCCUAAACGUCCUUGUAAAAACUUUGUACCAAACCAUCUGAAUUGUUUACUUUUUUUUUUGUAUAUAUGUAUUAUGGGUUUCUUGCUA